AUGGAAAAUCUCAUCUCAUUGAAAAUAGUGGAUACAUUUUAGAAAUACAGGCUUGAGGAGAGUAUAGACAGAGGUAAUUAUGGAACAGUAUACAAGGUUACUGAUCUUACAAAUUAGAAUAUUUCACCUGAUAACAUAUUGGUAUUUGAUGAUAAAACUUUCAAAAUAAUUGAUUUUGGAAUUGUAUCUCAUGGAUAAUCCACAUAAAUGGGUGCUGGAAAAGUAGAUUACAUGGCUCCAGAGAUUUACUUUAUGAAAAAAGACAGCUAUGAUAAAAUGAUUGAUGUUUGGUCAAUUGGUGUCUUGCUAUACUUUGUGUGCACAGGCAAUAAAUUCAUUUCAGGCGAUUUUAGAUAAAAUAAUCUAGCAAGAGCCGCAUAAGCAUAUCAAAGUUUUGAUUUCAUUAAAGAACUUAAUUAAAGCAGUCAUUAAGAGUUUUAACAAAUGAUAUCAGAAAUAGAUGAAAAACUUAAUAGAAUAAAAGUUUUGCUAAAUAAACAUAUUGAGCAAUUAAAUCAAGAGGAAGAAAAGGAGGAUUUUAUAUUUGUUGGAUCGCAGAAGAUAUUUGACUUAAAUAGCCACAAGUUUAAUAGGAAGAUUAUUAAAACUUAUAUAGAUUCCAACAUUUAAAAAGGGGAAUAUGCUAGAAUAAUUAGUUUAGGAGAAGGAAAUAUACUCAUUGGCUUUUCACUAUACAGAAAUUUAUGCAUCUUAAUUGGAAAAGACUUCAAAGAAAUACUUAGGCUAAACCUUAAAGCUGAUCUAUUUCUGUAUUUAAAUAAUAAGAUAUUAAUAUGCAAUGGGAAUAAGAUAAGUGAAGUUAUGAUGCUAGAAAAGACAUGA